AUGCCGAGCCCGCUGCUGGGGCCUGGGUGGCGUCAGGGGCUGCCAGCAGCUGACCUGGCUGCCCUCACGCCCUUCACCACUGGUCAGCCCGGAAGUUCUGUGAUUGAGCACAGUGUCUCUUUCUGGGCAGGGUUUCCCUUCAGCAGGCCUUUCUGGGCCCCCCAAGUGCAGGGCAAGGGCGAGGCCUCAAGUUCGUGCCGGCGAACAGGAGACGAGGUGGAGGAGAAGACAGGAGCCAUUGAGGCGGGAGAGGAGCCCACCCCAUCCCUGGCAGCCCUUGGGGAUGCGAAAGCCUUCAGAAGCCAGGUGGGUAGAGCCCAGGGGGCCACUCUACAGUGCGGGAGGCAGGUGGCCGGCAGCCAGAGCUCAGGGCCACCCAAAGAUGAUGGACAGCCUGGUCCUCCAAAGGAGGGACUGCUGAAACCAGCCCCACCUGACACCGGCCCCCCGAAAGCCCAGGAGGGCUGCCUCCCAGAGAAACCCAGAGAGGAGGAGACAGGCGGCCCUGAGAGCAGUGAGGAGGGCCUGUCCCCGGAGGGUGAUGCCAGCAAGAAGACCUACAAGUGUGAGCAGUGUGGCAAGGGCUUCAGCUGGCACUCCCACCUGGUGACGCACCGGCGCACGCACACCGGCGAGAAGCCCUACGCCUGCACGGACUGCGGCAAGCGCUUCGGCCGCAGCUCCCACCUCAUACAACACCAGAUCAUCCACACGGGCGAGAAGCCCUACACGUGCCCCUCCUGCUGGAAGAGCUUCAGCCACCACUCCACACUGAUCCAGCACCAGCGCAUCCACACGGGCGAGAAGCCCUACGUGUGCGACUGCUGCGCCAAGCGCUUCACCCGCCGCUCGGACCUGGUCACCCACCAGGGCACCCACACGGGCGCCAAGCCCCACAAGUGCCCCAUCUGCAGCAAGUGCUUCACGCAGAGCUCGGCCCUGGUCACCCACCAGCGCACCCACACUGGUGUCAAGCCC